AUGCCAGGUCAACGAUCAAUAACCUCUUUUUUCUCAUCACCAAAGCCCAAGCCACCAUUACCUGCUGAAGCAAUUCCUGAAAACAAAACUAGCAACAAAAAGGUUAGAUCUCCACUUCAUAAUAGGAAUGGCUCACCUCCAAGUGAAGAACCUGCUAAAAAGAAAGCUAGAAGGAUUCUGGACAGUGAUAGUGAAGAAGAAGAAAAUGAAGACCAGAAACCAACCAUGAUGGAGUGUGAGGAGAGCAAAGAAGAAGAAGAAGAAGAAAAUGAGAGCAAGGAGGCAGAGGUAGUGGUUGCUUCUCAGAGUGUCGAGAAAGAACAGGUGUCUCCAACGUCUGCUAAGAAAGAUGUCCCUCUCCGAAAGACGGCCCGCAAGCACAUGAGGAAAAGAGAGUCUCCCCCAAAACAAGUAAAGCAGGAGUGUGAUUCUAAAGACCUGGAACAGAAUGAACUAGAAGUGAAGAAAGAGGAAGAGGACAAGAAGAUUGAACAGACUACUUCACAAAUAAAAGAGGUAUGGUUUUAG